AUGGCACAUGGAUAUACUCAUAAACGCCAGCAAAGAAAUACAAAAAAUCAAUCGAUUAGUGCACCAUUUGGUUUGCAAAUUCCAGCAUCACUUCGAGACCCUCAAGAUGCUACUUUUUCAGAUAUAGAACUUAUACGUUUGUCAAAUGAUGAUAAUGCACGUGAUUUUGCACUUAGUCAUUUACAUAAUCAUGAACAAUUUGCAGCAUUAUGGAAUUCGACAACAAUUCGUCCAAAUACACGACGUUGGAUGCGUAAAGUUGUGCAAAUACAGACAAUCAAUGCUGUAUGCAAUGGUUUUUAUCGACUUCCUGAUACUACUAAAAUAAAUUUAGACAAAUCUAGAAUGGCUAGAUCAGCUCAAAAUACAAAACAAUAUGAAAAUGAUUAUAAUUAUGAUAGAGAUCUUCAGCAACGAACUUAUGAACAACCGUCUACCAUAUUUGUUGUUGAUGGUGAUUGUCUUGAUGUUUUAAUGUGUUUUAAAAAUCGAUAUCCUCAAUCAAAUCCUGUUGUAUUAAAUAUGGCUUCAUCAAGACAACCU